AUGUUAUCCGGAAUCCUUCUCUUCAAUCAGAAGGGCGAAAACCUGAUCUUCCGGCAAUUCCGUAAUGACUGCCGUCCUCGCCUCUCCGACGUCUUUCGCAUUCAAGUCAUUUCGAACGCUCAAGUGCGCUCCCCGAUCUUAACGUUGGGGAGUACCACAUUCUCCCACGUGAAGCAUGAGAAUAUAUACCUCGUUGCCAUCACAAAAAGUAAUGCGAAUGCGGCGCUGGUGUUUGAGUUUUUGUACCGCUUGAUCGCGUUAGGGAGGAGUUACUUUGGGAAAUUCGAUGAAGAGGCGGUGAAGAAUAAUUUCGUGCUGAUAUAUGAGCUCCUGGAUGAAAUCCUCGACUUCGGAUACCCUCAAAACACCGAAACCGACACUUUGAAGAUGUACAUCACAACCGAAGGCGUCAAGUCGGAACGAGCGAUGGAAGACUCCUCUAGAAUAACAAUGCAAGCGACCGGUGCCCUAUCAUGGCGUCGAGCCGACGUAAAAUAUCGCAAAAACGAAGCUUUCGUCGACGUAAUCGAAGAUGUCAACCUCCUCAUGUCCGCCGCGGGAACGGUCCUAAAGGAAGAUGUAACGGGACAGAUCAUCAUGCGAGCUUAUUUAUCCGGUGUACCCGAAUGUAAAUUCGGAUUGAACGAUAGAUUGUUACUCGAUGAUACUGGGUUGUCUAGGCCCAAUGGGAAUAAGAAUGGGAGCAAAGCUACCCGAGCUGCUGCGGGUAGCGUUACACUUGAGGAUUGUCAGUUUCAUCAGUGUGUGAAACUUGGGAGGUUUGAUACGGAUAGGACGAUUAGUUUUAUACCGCCUGAUGGAGAGUUUGAGUUGAUGAGGUAUCGAGCGACGGAGAAUAUCAAUUUACCGUUUAAGGUUCAUGUUAUUGUGAAUGAAGUCGGGAAGACGAAGGUGGAGUACCAGAUUGCGGUUAGAGCGAACUAUGGAAGUAAAUUGUUUGCUACGAAUGUGAUAGUUAAGGUGCCGACGCCAUUGAAUACGGCUACUACGCACGUUAGGACCAGUCAGGGGAAGGCGAAGUAUGAACCGGCGGAAAAUAAUAUUGUUUGGAGAAUCCCUCGAUUCACAGGACAAUCAGAAUAUGUCCUGUCAGCAGACGCUAUUCUCACCGCAAUGACAAACCAAAAAGCUUGGUCUCGUCCACCAGUAUCGCUGAACUUCUCGCUACUCAUGUUCACAAGCUCAGGGUUGUUAGUGAGAUACCUCAAGGUCUUCGAGAAGAGCAAUUACUCGAGUGUUAAGUGGGUGCGGUAUAUGACAAGGGCAGGGUCAUAUGAAAUCAGAUUUUGA